CCCGGAGUCUGUGCUGAAUCGGUGUACGCUGCUUUGCGAUUGUAGAUAUUUGCUGACGGAUAUUUUAAUUUUUAAACAUUAUUUCAUCCCUCACAUUGAUAUGUUAGACAAAAUUAUACGGCAGUGUCCAAAGGCCGGUUAGUUGGUUAUUCCUAGACUUAUGCCCAAAUGUGCACAGAAACGGCCACUGCAUUGGUCGCAUGCGUCGUAUCUGCGCAAAUCCACUAAGAAUACCUAAAUAUUAAAAACCGGCUUAGUCUACAACAGAAUAAGCAAUUUCGGUAUAUUCAUUUAAUAUACAGCUCGGUGGAUCUGCGCAGGUUUUGUGCGGAUUAGUCCCAAAACGAACGGGAGUCUAUUGCAACAUCAAGGCUCCGCAAACAUGCCUCCUAAAAAGCAUGACAAAGAUGCCAAAGCGAACGUUUCCAGCUCUCUGGAGUCCGAAGACUUCAGUUUAGAAACCACAGUUCCCACCGAGGACAUUUCCUCUUCAGACGAGAGAGAUGGGGCGCAGAAAAUCACAAGACAGUUAAUUGAGAGAAAGGAGUUGCUCCACAAUCUCCAGUUGUUGAAAAUUGAGCUGUCGCAGAAAAAUCUCAUCAUUGACAACCUCAAGGUGGACAAUCUGACCAAGAUUGAAGAACUGGAAGAGAGGCUCAAUGAUGCCCUUCAUCAGAAACAGCUCCUGGCGUUACGGCUCGACAGCCAACUCAAGCUGCAGCAGGAAGAGAGCAGGAAGCAGCAGGCGUUCAGGAAACAGGAAAUGGAUGGCAUUUUGCUGCGUCAGAAGCAGCUGGAAGAGACCAACAGGCAGCUGAGUGAGAAAGCAGGAGACGUAAGACGCAGCCUCAGGGACCUAGAGCUGAGUGAGGGGAAGUACUGCGAGCUCAAGGACCUUCCGGAGGAAAGGCUCUCAAUCCCAGAAUACGUGUCUGUGCGGUUCUAUGAGGUGGUGACUCCCCUGAGAACGCAGGUGAAGGAGCUUCAGGAGAAAAAGAACUCUCUGUCAGAAGACCUGGACAGCCACAGGAGCCAGAUAAAGUCACUGAUGGAGAGCUAUGAGGAGGAAAGAAGAAUGCGCUCUGAGCUGGAGAUCAGGAGUCAGCGCCUCACUCUUGAGCUGGCAGACACGAAGCAGCUCAUCCAGGAGGGGGACUACAAGAGGGAGAACUAUGGCAAAGUGAAACGGGAACGAGAUGCCUUUGAGGCGGAGCUGAGUGACCUGAGGAGGAGGCUGGAAGUCCUGGAUGUAGCGCACAGCGCUCAAACCAAGGAGAGAAAUGACCUGAGCAAAGAGGUGGCCACCCUGCAGCAGUCUGUCACUCUGCUGCAGAAGGAUAAGGAGUACCUGAACCGGCAGAACAUGGAGCUCAGCGUGCGCUGUGCCCACGAGGAGGACCGGCUGGAGAGGUUGCAGGUUCAACUGGAGGACACCAAGAGGGCCCGGGAGGAGGCCUACGAGAAAUACGUUGCGUCACGAGACCAUUACAAAACGGAAUAUGAAAACAAGCUCCGCGAUGAGCUGGAACAAAUUCGGCUGAAAACGGGACACGAAAUUGAGAGUCUUCAGAGAACGUCGAAAGAGAUGUACGAGCGUGAAAACAGGAACCUGCGAGAAGCGAAAGACAACGCUUUGGUGGAGAAAGACAGAGCCGUCACAGCCGAGAGAGAAGCCACUGAAAAAUACAGCCAGCUCCUGGAUCAGUUCAGACAGCUUCAGCUCGGGACAGACAGCCGGGUGGCAGAGUUGCUCAAUCAAGUGAAACUGAAGUCCUUUGAAGUGGAGCGCGCUCAGAUGGUGCUGGAGGAAACGUCCAAGAACCUCGGCCAGUGCCAGACCGAGUGUGAGAAGCAGCAGAGAAAAGUGGAGGUCCUGACGAAGGAGUUUUACGGCCUUCAGACGUCAUCGGAGAAGCGCGUCACGGGGCUGCAAGCGCAGAACGCGGAGCUGCGGGCACGCCUGGAGACCUACGAGCGGCUGGAGCAGGAGCUCGAUGAUGUCACCAUGCAGGCGGCGGAGCUAGAGAACGAAGAUGAGGCAGAGAGAGUUCUUUUCUCAUACGGCUACGGGGCCAACGUUCCUACGACGGCCAAAAGACGUUUAAAGCAAAGUGUUCACCUUGCUCGGAGGCUACUGCAGCUGGAGAAGCAGAACACCCUGCUGAGGAGAGACUUGGAGAGACAGACGGCUCACGUGGGACAGAUCUCUGAAGAGCUGGAAGCGGCCAAUCAGCUCCUGCAGCAAGCUCAGCAGCCGUACAGCUACCUCAUAGACACGGUGCAGCAGAGGGACGGCCAGAUCGCGGCCCUGAGAAAGCAGGUCGGCCAGCUGGAGGAGGACGUCAGGAGUCUGAAGCGAGAGAACACGGCCCUGCAGCAGGUGAAGAACAACAUGGCCGCCGAUCUGGAGAGACUGCUCAAUCACAGGGAGGAACUGUCUGUUAUGAAACAAGUCCUCAUAAGCAUGCACUCGGGGCAGAACGGAGGGGCCGCCCCGCCGCCCCGCCCGGAGGCCGCGAGCGGAACUGCGGUUUACGCGCCCAGAGGGACCGGCCUCGGGACCGAGGACGAGGAGCACGGGCCCAAACCCAAACCCACCGUGUUUACUAAUAAAGAAGUCCCGGAGUGGUAUAAGAAACUAAAACAAAGGACCAAAUGACAUUUAGUGAGCAGCAGUAUUAGUAAUGUGUGCUGUGAUUUUGUAAUAUGAUUUGUGUGAAAUGUAGAGUAGUUGCCAUUCUUCUGAGGAUUGUACCAAAACAUUUUUUGUAUUUAUUUUAUACAGCUGAUGUACAGCAUGUAUCAUUUUAAAUACAUUUUGUAUAUUUUUACCCAAAUUUUGUGGUCAGAUUGAGGUGUGUAAAAUGUUUUCAAGAAAUGCAUUUUGUAUGUGUAAAAAAUAAAACUAACAGGAAAUCCA